AUGGGCGGCCCUCUGCCCCCGGCGCUGACGGUGGGCUGCGAGCCCCCUCCGGCGCUGGGCCUGAGCGCAACCUACACCACCCUGACGCCGCUCCAGCCCCUGACGCCCCUCCCCGGCGUCUCCACGGACAAGUUCCCGCACCACCACCACCAUCACCACCACCACCACUCCCAUCAUCCACCGGGCAGCGUGCGCGGCAGCUUCGCGCUCCUUGGCGGGGAGGAUCGGGGGUUGUCGUCCGCCUCGGCCGUUGGCAGCCUCUACGCGCCUUUCCCCGAGCAGCCGCCGCACAAGGAGCCCACCGCGCUGGGUCCAGCGCUCUCGCCGCUCUCGGCCCUUGCCCACUCGCCCCCCGGCCUCCUCCAUUACGCCGCCGCCCCCGGGGCCCCCGGGGCCCCCGGGGAGAAGCUGCUGGGACCGGGGGCCGGCUUCGAGGAGCCUCCCCCCGGGGCCUUGCUGGGCCCCGGCCUCGCAGACCGCCAGCCCCCGCCUCAGCCACCCUUCCUUGGCGCCUCUCCGCUCCAGCCUCCCCCCCAGCCCCUCCACCCGCCGCUGGGGCUUCCUGGCCCGGUCCUGACGGCUCCCUCCUCCGCUCCCUCCGCCGCCUCCCGGGCCGCGGGGCCGGAGGAAAUGAACACACGAGAAGUGGCGGCGCGGAUCACGACGGAGCUGAAGCGCUACAGCAUCCCGCAGGCCAUCUUCGCGCAGCGGGUGCUCUGCCGCUCACAGGGGACCCUCUCCGACCUGCUCCGCAACCCCAAGCCCUGGAGCAAGCUCAAGUCCGGCCGGGAGACCUUCCGCAGGAUGUGGAAGUGGCUGCAGGAGCCCGAGUUCCAGCGGAUGUCCACCCUCCGGAUGGCAGCCUGCAAACGGAAGGAGGGAGAGCUGGGCAAGGAGAAAGGGAAACCCCCCAAGAAGCCGAGGCUGGUCUUCACCGACCUCCAGCGCCGCAGCCUCCAGGCGGUUUUCCGGGAGAACAGGCGGCCCUCCAAGGAGCUGCAGGCCACCAUUUCGCAGCAGCUGAGCCUGGAGCCCAGCACCGUCAGCAACUUCUUCAUGAACGCCAGGCGCCGAAGCCUCGACAAGUGGCAGGAGGAAGGCCACUCGAGGUCCUCCUCUUCCUCUUCCUCUUCCUCAGGCAUCGGCGGAGAAAGGGCCACGAACUGACCCUCGGCGGAAAGGCUUUAUAGCCACGGAUCAGGACUUCCAGAAAGCAGCUACACUUGCAGUCUUUGAAAGACUAUAAACCCAGAGAAACCAAAGACUCGAUGGCACUUUGCUCUCAGAAACACACUUUCGUGGGAAGAAGAGGGA